AUGGAUGAUCAUCACUUAGACGAGUUAGACGAAGGAUCCAGGGGAAUUCCCACCAAGAAAAAGAACUCAGAAAAGAAGCCCCCUCCAAAGGGGAAGACAAAUAAAAGGGUCGAGGGAUGGGACCCUCCACCGCAUUCGCCGGAGCGCCGCGAAAACCAAGGUACAGUCGAUCCCCAGGGAAACAACAUCGUUAGUCGUGGCGAAGUGAAUAACGACGGGGUGAAGCCAGAGCGGGAAGAAUCUCCUUCUGGACAGCUCCGAAAGGAAAGCAAGGAGGCGAGCGACAUCGUCAGUCAGAGUUCUGACCCCGACGGGAGUGACCCCCCCAGUGUUGUCAAUGAGAAUGAGAGUGUCGUUGCAUCACAGAAUGGGGACCAAAUGAGCCACGGAGAAGUGUCUAGCAAAGGGGAUGAGCUGAUGGAUGAAGAGAAACCAGGUGAAGAUAAUUCUAUCGAAGAAGCAGCUAGUAAAAUCACAAGCGAAAACAAAUCGUUGGAAGGAAAACCAUCAGAGGAAAAACCACCGGUAGACGACCAAAGCCGAGGGAGUCUCGCGCACAGGUCUGCCAAGUCGGGUAGUACAAAUACCGAGAACGGCAAUCUGAUAAAGAUAAAUCAAAAGAGCGAAGAGUGGGAGCAACCAAAGAAAUGGAGCUUGUCCCUUCUGCUCACAAAUAUAAAGUCCAUGGUAUUGACUAAUUACAUCUACGUAGCGAAACGGUGCGGAAUGCCCAAUCAGCCGAACAAACCAGGACCAGUACUUGCCAUCAGUGUAGAAAAGGAAAAUACAAACGAAGUUAAAAACAUUAUCGUGCAAACGCCAUGUGCAUAUGAGAAGUAUACUCUCAAGGGAAAGUUAAUUCAACACAAAACACUCUACCCUUGUACAGUGACCUGUAUGAUGUAUGGUAGUAUCGGAGGUAUCGGAAAGACUGUCAUUUUGGGGCUACAAAAUGGGUGCAUACUAGUUUACAAAAGUAUUGAAUUUGAAUGUAUACUGAAGUUAAAUACAAGAGAAUGUCUGGAGAAAUAUUUUAAGAGCUCUUCUUCUACCAAGAAGCCUUUUAAUAAUUCACAUGUUAAAAGUGGCACCAUGGGUGUAUUUAGUGGGACCAAUGAACAGAGGGAUUCGGGUAAAUUUUCAACGCAGGGUGCCAACUCCAAGGACGAAGGAGAGGACUACAACGACCUUUCUUAUCAGAUUUCUGGGCUCUCAGUGAAGUCCACCUUUGCUAAUUUUAUCCACUGGAUUAUUGCGGGUAACAUGCAGGGCUAUAUCUUCGUGUGGGAGGUGCCCAGUGGGAAUAUCAUAAAAAUCCUCGUGCACCCGCAUCACUUGUUCAGCCACGUGAACGGGGGUUCCCGCUCCAGCGACGACGAUAGCAGCGAUGAUAGCAGUGACAGCGGAGGUAGCAGUGAUACUUCCGAUCACGAGCAUGGUCUCCAUGGCCGCAAGGAUAAUCCCCCGGGAAAGAGAAAAAAGAAAAAAAAAAAAAAAAAAAAAAAAAAAGCUCUUCCAAAUGGUAGCAACGGUGGGGAGGGUGAGAAAGUGAUGGAUGCAUCAUACGAAAAAGAGGAAGACGACGAUGACGAUGAAAGCGAUGAUGAAGAGGAAGGCUGCUUCACCCUCGAAGACGAAGAUCUCUCCAGUAAGCCGGACGGGGAAGAGAACUCGAGCGAAUUCUCCGGCGACAACUACUUGAGCGACUCGGACGAAAAUUACAACUCUAGCGAUGAGGACAACGAUAACAGAGGGGAUGACGCCACAUCCAUACGAAUGUUACAUGGUAGGAAGAAGAAAAAAAAAAAAAAAAAAAAAAGAGAGAGAAAUGCGCCAAACAAAUGCUAUGUGUCAGCUAUAUUAGCAGUCACACAUAAGUAUGAAUUGUGGGUCGCAUUCGGAAGUGGCUACAUAGCAGUUUACGAUUUAUACGACUUCCAGUUACUUCUCUACACAUGUAUUUCGAAGAGCCCUAUCAUGGAUUUAAAGUAUUCCAAACUUUUGGAAGAUGUCUUCUUACUAAUAGGCAAUAAUUACAUUUCUGUAUGGGAUACAAAAACACUCAAACAAAUUAAAAAGGUACCCACAAGCCACGUUACAAAAAAAAACUCCUCCCUGUCUACCUUAUACCUUUUGGAACGCCCAACUUUCUGGAAAUGCAAGAAAGUUGUUCUCAUUGCAGGCUGUAAUGAUGGAUCCAUCUCCGUGACAAAUGUUACGAAAAAGAUGGAUGGAGAUUUGACCUUCUCCUAUGUGCGUACAUACGAGAAGCACUUCGAACCUUAUGUCCCCAUAAGUUAUAUUUGCAUCCACCCCAGUAUCAACGCGGCCUUUGUCGGAGAUGCCAGUGGCGUCGUCUUUACGGUUCCUAGAAUUCUGAACACGCUCAAGCACGAGGAUACUCAAAGGUGA